AUAAUCAUCUGAAGUGGAGUUCUUACUCUCAAAUCUCGCUUUGAUUGUAUUUAAAAUCCAUUAUUGGAGCGCCUAGGAAUUAAGAUGCAGUUAGAAUUCAGAAAUUUUCAUCUGGUAUUGUGUAGAUCAAAUAUUGGAGUUCUUAAACAUGCAUGUACAUAUUCUUAUAGUUGAGCUGGAUGUCAUUAUAGUAUCUUGGAAGGAGUUAAUUUGUGGGGCUAAAUGGAGGACGAUGAUGAUAGGAAAAAGAUUGUAAGAACAGCACAAAUGCAGAAUUUUCAUUCGGGGGUUUCGACAAACAGAUCUUCUUCAAGAGAUUUGUUGCAGAGAUUUAUGGGUAGUAGCAGUGAAUGCGAAGAAAUUAAGGAAGAAGAGGAGAUCGAAUUGAAUCUUGGGUUGUCAUUGGGGGGAAGAUUUGGUGUGGACAAGGGUUUCAAGAAGUUGACGAGAUCUUCUUCUAUAGCAGAGUGUUUACCGAUGGCGAGAGAUGAAAAUGAUGUGGUGGCGCCGCCGGUAGCGCAUUCGGGGCUGGCGAGGACCUCUUCAUUGCCGGCGGAGACUGAGGAGGAGUGGAAGAAGAGGAAGGAGUUGCAGAUGUUGAGAAGAAUGGAGGCUAAGAGGAGGAGGUCUGAGAAGCAGAAGAAUGUUAAGGGUGAUAAAGAAGGCGGGGGCGAAGAUGGUCUCGCAGCCGCCGGGAGUUUGAGUUUGGAGGAGAGAAGGGAAAUUGAGGUGAAUUUGAGGGAGAGAUUGGAUAAAGAGAAGUUUUUAGCUGCAUCGAAGAAGUUAGAUUCGGUGAUAGCACCGCCAUUUCUGUUGUCUACGACAGCCGCUAGUCAGGCGCAUUUUCGUUCUGAAGUUGAGUGUAGCCAAUUGGCGUCGCAAGGAUCAGUUGAGUCGAAAGUUGGGAGUUCUUCAACUUUGUCAGAAUUGGAUAAUAGAACUCUUCAAGGAUCCAGUAGUGGUGGCGAACAUAGCCCCGCCAGCAUUCAGUCUAUGCAAGAAGGAAGCCAUCAGAAUGUUGGCUCUUUUGGAACAAAAACGAGAGAAAAUCCCAGCAGAAAGACUGGAUCCAAUAUGGAGAGUCCAUCCAAAAGACAGGAUAUUUCAAGAAAUCGUGGAAAAGAAACUGGAAUGAACAUGAUGCAAGAUAUGCCUUACGUUUUUACAGAAGGAGAUGGUCUUAAUGGUAGAAGAGUGGACGGAAUAUUGUACAAAUACGGAAAAGGAGAAGAAGUGAGGAUAAUGUGCAUAUGUCACGGCAGUUUCCUCUCACCAGCCGAGUUUGUCAAGCAUGCAGGAGGCAGUGAUGUCGACCACCCGCUCAAACAUAUUGUCGUGAACCCCAACUCUUCUUCCCUAUUGUAAUGGCGGUGCGCAAGUCGUCAUUCAAAUAGCUUAGUGGAUUUUCUAUUUUUAUUUUUAUUUUUAAUUCUUCUUUCUCCUGGAAGGGACCCUGUAUGUAAAUUAACUAGUUCUCAAGUUUUUGAGGAUGUUCCACAAAAAGACACAGAAAGUUUUAGACACUUUUGGGGAAUGUGAAUGCAAAGAUCUAGUGAAUCUUUGAUACGUAGUAGUACUGAUUAUCGCUUGAUAUACUUGGGCAGUGUAUAUAUCAAAGAUUCAAAAUGAUGCAAAGCAGCAUUUCAUUUUGCUGUGGCA